CUUGAGCAUCGUAGUCAAGUUGGUCUCACUCGUUUGCGUUUGGUGGAGUUUAAACUGAACUACAGGGAAGGAAACAUCAUCAAUAAACGUCUAGAAAACCUCAUCAGUCUCUGUGAGAAAUAGACUUAUACAUACGGAUAAAACUCUAUCUUUUCACAACUAACAUUUUGGAUUCACGCUGGUGUAUUGGGCACGCAUUACCAUGGACAGCGCUUUUGACAACCUGGAUGCUGCAGGCUUCCUACACAUAUGGCAACAUUUCGAUGUUGACAAUAAUGGUUAUAUUGAAGGAAAGGAGUUGGACAACUUUUUCAGACACUUGAUGAAAAAACUCGGGAUGAGUGAUGAAAUAACGGAUGACAAAGUUAGAAGAAUGAAAGAAAGCUUCAUGUCAGCUUAUGACACCACAGCUGAUGGUCGCCUGCAAAUCCAAGAGUUGGCCACCAUGAUGCUACCGGAGGAGGAGAACUUCCUACUACUGUUCCACAGAGAGACGCCAUUGGACAACAGUGUGGAGUUCAUGAGGAUCUGGAGAAACUAUGACACUGACAGCAGUGGAUACAUAUCAGCUAUAGAACUCAAGGGUUUCCUGCAGGACCUGUUCCUCCAGCACAAAAAGACCAUAUCCCCCAACAAACUGGAGGAGUACACCAACACCAUGAUGGAGGUGUUUGACAAAAACAACGAUGGCAGGCUGGAUUUGAAUGACCUAGCCAGAAUCCUGGCUCUAAAAGAGAACUUCUUGCUGAAGUUUGACAUGAAUGCUUGCAGUCAAGAGGACCGGAAGAGGGACUUUGAGAAGAUAUUUGCUCACUAUGAUGUGAGUAGGACGGGUGCUUUGGAGGGUCCGGAGGUGGACGGCUUUGUCAAAGACAUGAUGGAACUGGUCAAACCUACCAUUAGUGGAACGGACCUGGACAAGUUCCGCAAACUGCUCCUGGGUCACUGUGACAUGAACGGUGAUGGAAAGAUCCAGAAGAAGGAACUGGCCCUGUCCCUCGGCCUGAAAUGCUCCCUUUAAUAGUACUCCACAGGAAUAAUGACAGACAUUUUCAUUACCCUAGUUAGCACCACAGGCUAACCGCUAACUCACUGAUAGCACGCCGCAAUGCCAUAGCUCGUACCUUUUGGACAGCCCAAGAGCAUUGCAUGAUGGUUGGUUGAAAGGAAGUUGUUGCAUAGAGUAGACCCAUUGGGGAAUUCGUUUUGUGACCCUUCAUUUUGUUUGACUGUAUCUGUUUUGAUGACAAUUAUGAUUAGCAUUGAGAGUGUUGUGUGUGAUCCAUGCACGUUGCAUAUGCCUAUAACUUGCAGAAAUGUAGUGGUGAUCUAAGUGUUUUGCAACGGAAGUUGUAUGGGGAUAUUUGUGGGAUAUUUGUUGACUUUAUUACCAUGAUGGCUGCAUUUACUUUUCAGAACUGUGUUGUUUUUGAUGUGCAAAAAAUAUGAUGAAAAAUAACUGUCAUUAUGGUUUGACAUUUCACCUCCUCGUUUAAAUGGUAUUGGUAGACAACAUGUAAUGCAAUACAGUGUAUGAUAUGAA